AUGAAGACAACGUAUUCAAAAUGCAUCCGUGGAUACAUUGGAUUACUGAGUGUACUUGCUUCGAUAGGAAACAACCUGAAAAUUGAAGAGCUAUCUGUACAGAGCAACGGGCUGCCCUUUGGCCUGACAGCCAGUAUCUUCGACCAGGAAUCAGCGGAGUACCGUGAUUUUGUUGCACUACUGAGUAGACCAACGUUUCGAUGUCUGGAUCUGGUUCUCACUACAAAAAGUCAAGAUCCCGAUCAUUGGCCAGCAUUUCGUUCGGGCCACCUACGUGACGCCCUGGGUCAGGCCGUGAACCUUCAGCACUUCAGCCUCACUGCUGACAUGCACCACCAGGCUUGGCUUACUGUGAAUGACUGGACUCCGUUGAAUGAGUUCAUUCCUGUCGACUUAUGGCCACUGCUUCAGUCCUUGCGCCUCAUGGACAUUUUGAUCAAGCAGGAUGAUCUUGUUACCUUUCUAGGCGCGCUUCCGCUGAAUAUCCGCAAUAUCGAGCUAGGCCAGCUUCAUUUUGUCUCCGAAAAUGGAGAUUACGCCACACUGCUUGACUUAAUCAAGGACGAGCUGCGUUGGAGUGAUCGGCAACUUGCAAAGCAACCGCGACUGACCAUCAUCAUUGCCAUUGACGACUUUGCUCCACCUGGCAUGAUGAACUGGAUAGAUUCUGAAAUUCAGGACUUCAUAUAUAAUCAUGGGGGAAACCCAUUUCGAGGCCCUCUGGGACCUAUGGGUGUCGAUGCAGGGGUCGGCGUUGAGCGAGAUGCGUUCAACCCGGACCAUGAAUGGCCGCAUCAGGACGAUUUUGAUUGGGAAGAGGAAGUCUUAAACAUGAGAAGGCAAAAUUUUAGACUUUCCCUGAAUCUGGACAACUACUUGGAGCAAAUAGCAUGGGGCCCAGACGUGGGUUCCAGGCUCCAGGCGGCGAGAGAGGAAUCACCAGGGCCGUGGGAGGACAAUGACAUUGACAACGUGCAUUAUGAUAUAUCAUUUGACAUCGAAUAG